AUGUCUACCACGAACACAAAAUCGCCCGACGGAAGAGCAUUCAACCAAACCGACUAUACACCAUCCUUCUCCACCGAUGAACCAAACAACGGACGAAGAGCCACCACCGGAAUCAACACAAACCCAUUACCCAACCCUCCCACCUCAGAAGGUCUUCGCGCACCAGCAGGAAAUCUACUCAAAGGCGCCACAGAAGUAGAUGGCAGUUUAAAAUCCGCAGCUGUAAUGGUCAGUAUAAAACUUGAUCUAGAGGCUGAGGUUCAUCUGACGGCGCGGAUACGUGGAGAUAUUGUUAUUGGACUUUACUAA